AUGAGUAAUAAUAAAAUAAAAAGAAAGGAUGCAAGCCCGGAACAAGAGGCAAUUGAAUCAUUCACCUCAUUAACCAAAUGUGACCCCAAGGUAUCCAGGAAGUACCUGCAGCGUAAUCACUGGAACAUCAAUUACGCUCUCAAUGAUUAUUAUGACAAGGAAAUAGGGACGUUUACUGACGAGGUUUCAACUGUGGCUCAUCCACCCGUAUACCCGAAGGAGCUAACACAGGUAUUUGAACACUAUAUCAAUAACAACUUGUUUGAUAUAGACUCACUGGUCAAGUUCAUUGAGGAGCUAGGCUACAAUCUUGAAGAUUUAGCGACAUUAUGCUUAGCCCAUUUACUGGGGUACAAGAAACUAGAAGAACCCUUAAAACGAGAGGACUUCCUGUCAACAUGGUUUAUGCAAGGCUGUUCCACCAUUUCAGACAUGCAAGAGUGCAUCAAGACGUUAGAUGUUAAAUUACAUGAAGACUUACAAUAUUUCACACAGAUUUAUAACUAUGCUUUCAAUUUGAUUCUGGACCCAAAUCGAAAGGAUAUAGAUACAGACGAAGGCAUCCAGUAUUGGAAGCUAUUUUUCCAACCAGAGUACCCAGUGCGUAUGGAACCAGAUUUGCUUGAGGCAUGGUUCCGUUUCCUUCGCGAUGAGGGGAAAACCACUAUAAGUAAAGACACCUGGCGUAUGCUGCUCCUCUUUUUCAAACGAUACCCCACUAUUCAGAAAAUAAUAAGCGAUUACGACGAAACUGCAGCCUGGCCAUUUAUUAUCGAUGAGUUCUAUGAGUGCUUACAGGAUCAGCAAUAA